AUGAAUGAAGGUCUUUCAUCUUCUCAUACUUCUCCCGUAUUACGUCAAAUCGGGGAAGUUCAUCAUAGUAGGCACAAAAACCUACCAUCCAGAAUAUCGUCGACCUUACUUGAAGAAGGUGAUUUUGUAUGGGUUGGAGAUGAUAAUGGGAUUUGUAUCCCUGCUGUUGUUGUACGUACUGGUUAUAUUGUGAAGCAUGAAGAAAUAAAACAAGAAGAAGAGCAUAUUACAGUCGUUCAUACCGAUGAGAAAGAAGAGCGUGCGAUUCGUGAUCAACCAUUGGUUAAAUUACCAUUUUGUCAUCAUCCAAAACAAUUAAUUUCCUUAGAAUUACAUGAUUUGAGUAAUGUACCACUAAUGGCUACAAAUGGUGAUGCUGGACGAACUGAAACUUUUACAUUGGAACAAUUGGAAAAUAUUGUAUUGUAUACAUUAAGAGCAAGAUAUCGGAUGGAACAAGUGUAUACAUGGGUCGAUCGAGUCCUUAUUGGUGUGAAUCCAGUCACUCCAUUACCAAUUUACACACCUGAUCAUAUGCAGGCGUAUAAUAAAAGCAGAGAACAGACUUUAUUAUAUGAAAAAGAUACAGUCAAUGAUGCACCACCACAUGUGUUUGCAUUAGCACAGAAUGCACUACGUUGUAUGCAAGAUGCAGGAGAGGAUCAGGCUGUGAUUUUACUUGGAGGAAUGGGUGCAGGAAAAUCAGAGGCAGCGAAAUUAGUUGUGCAGUAUUUGUGCGAGAUUGGUGACAGUGCGAUUCCUCGUCCGAAUGUAGAAGGGGAAUCAAGCACACUUCAUCCCAUUGGUCAACAGAUUUUGCAUGCAUUUACGAUUUUGGAAGCGUUUGGAAAUGCUGCUACGCUACAGAAUCGAAACUCGUCGCGUUUUGCCAAGAUGAUUUCAGUCGAAUUUGGUAAACAAGGCUACGUAAUUGGAGGUGGCUUUACGACGCACUACUUUGAAAAGUCACGCAUUGUUGAUUGUCGAAGUCACGAACGUAACUUUCACAUUUUGUAUCAGGUACUCGCUGGUGUCCAGCAUGAUCCGACGCUUCGUGAUUUAUUAGAGCUGAAUAAGGGUGUUGAAGAAUUUGAUUUACUGAAACAGGCGAAUCCUGAGUUGACGAAUUCUGCGCUUGAUGCUCGCGAUUACCGAGAUCUCAUGUCGAGCUUGUCGGCUUUGCGAAUCCGAAAGAACCAACGUGUGGAGAUUGUGCGCAUUGUGGCAGCAUUGUUGCACCUAGGGAAUGUGGAUUUUGUCCUAGAUCCUGAAGGUGGUAAGUCAUCUAUAACUGGUACAAACUCUGCAACAAUAAGUGAUACACAGUCGUGUGCAUUAAAAGAUCCACCUCAAAUUCUGCUUGCAGCGAAGCUUCUUGAAGUAGAGCCUGUUGUUUUGGAUAACUACUUUCGCACGCGUCAGUUUUUCUGUAAGGACGGUAGUAAAAAGGUGUCGUCAUUGAAGGUGGUGACUGUGCACCAAGCACGCAAGGCACGGGACACUUUUAUCCGAAGUCUGUACGAGGCACUUUUUAAUUUCCUUGUGGAAACUCUUAAUGGUAUUUUGGGUGGAAUUUUCGAUCGCUAUGAAAAAUCUAAUAUUGUGAUUAAUUCGCAAGGUGUUCACGUGCUGGACAUGGUUGGAUUCGAAAAUCUCGAGCCGUCACAAAACGGCUUUGAUCAAUUGUGCUUUAACUACUGGAGUGAAAAGGUGCAUCACUUUUAUGUUCAAAAUACGUUGGCGAUCAAUUUGUCGGACUUGGACAGUGAGACACAGCAAGUGGAGAGCCGCCUGACUGUGCAUUCCAACGUCGAUAUAGCAACCGAGCAGGAAAAGUGCUUGCGAUUGUUUGAGGACAAGCCUUGUGGCAUUUUUGAUCUCUUGACAGAAAGCGUAAAGGUACGAUCUCCAAACGAUGAGGAAUUUGUGAACAAAUUGUUUUUCAGCUUUGAAGCCGUUGGCUGUUUGUCACGACCGAAUAUGGGAGCUGAUACAAUGAACGAGUAUUUGGCACCUUCAAAAGACUGGCGACUCCUGUUUAUCGUACAACAUUACUGCGGCAAGGUUACAUACAAUGGAAAGGGACUUUCUGCAAAGAAUGCCCUUAGCAUUUCCUCAACGUGUGCAGCAAUCAUGCAGUCGUCAAAGAAUGCCGUACUGCAUGCUGUUGGGGCGGCUCAGAUGGCUGCAGCAUCCAGUGGAAAGGCUGCAAAACAAGCAGCUCAGCGAGGGAGCUCCUCAUCGAAAUUCAGGAACUCGAUUAGCUCAGCAAAGGAGUCCAAGACGGCGUGUGAUAGUGCGGCGAUGGACGUUAACAAUCAAGCAGAUGCGUUGCUGCAUGCGUUGAACCAUACUGGCAAGAAUUUUCUUGUUUGCAUAAAACCGAACGAGGAGCUUGAAGAAGGGAAGUUUGACUCAGCGUAUGUGAUGAAACAAAUUCGCGAGAACCACUUGGUAGAAUUGAUGCAAGCAAGCCGCUCUAUCUUUACAGUCCACCUGACGUAUGGCCACUUUUUCAGGCGCUACAAGAAUGUAUGUGGUCACCGUGGAACAUUAGAGUCACUGCUGCGUUCGUUAUCCGCUAUUGGUGUGUUAGAAGAGGAAAAGUUUGUGGUUGGAAAGACAAAAGUGUAUUUGACUAGCCAUCAAUGGAAAAAACUAGAAAAGGCACGUUUCUUAUAUCUAAACGCGUGCGCGACAAUGAUUCAGCGAAAUAUGCUUCGUGGCGGAUUUCGCAAAAAGUCUGCGCGGUUACUGUAUGUUAUGCGGGGUCUACGUGAAGCCAUGGCACAGCGUGAUCAGAAUGAUAUUAUUCAGCACCUUGCAAACUGUAAACAAAUUAUCGGGAAGCAUGCGUCGGAAGACAUUCGCCUGUUGAAUGAAGGUCGGCAGUUGAUUGCACGUCUAGACGAAGAGGAAUAUGUGAACUCUAUCAUUGCAGAUGCCACAAGAAUUGGUCAUGCCGCCUUAAUUGAGUACGCUGUUCGGGUUGCAGAAAAGAGUUCCCCGUGGCUAGCCUUGGACCAUUUGCGCAAGAAAAGCAAGAGCAUCGUAGCGCUUGAGAAGCAGAAAUCGGAAAAAAUUGCAGCGAUCAACAAGAAGCUUCGGGCUUCGAUGAUUGCCAAUGACCCAGAAGCACUUAUGGGGUCCCUAGCAACGCUCGAAGAGCCUUCAGUCGAGUCUUUGGAAAGAAAACUUGCUACAAUGAUGAUCAUUCGUGCUCUUGAGGAGAAAAGUGCUGUAGAGUCCGUGACGCAUGCUAUCUCGACGAUUGCAACAGAUGACGAUAGUUCUACCAUUCUGAAGAAAUUGCUCGGACCGACAACUAAGGCAUUGUGCCUGGGUGUUGAAGCCAAGUUGCCAUGUCUUGUGGAUACUCUGAGCGCAAUUCGUUCUGAUGUUGAUGACGGAGUGGAAGAAAAGGAAGAGGUUGAAAAACAAGAAGCAGAAGAGAUAGGGGAGGAAGAAGAAGUCGUUGCACUAGAUGCUUCUGUAUGCACUGACACAACAAACGUAUUCGCUUCCCUUCAGAAGGCACUGGAUGACGAGAACAUUAUUGCAGUUGAGAAGGUGUUAGGACGAUUAAAAGUACUUGGCGUUUCAGAGGGGGACCCUCGAAUAGCGGACGCCGAGCGUGCAUUGGAAGCUCAAAGCGUUCCUGCAACUACAGUUUCAGAACGCAAGCAAGUGGUGAAGUUCUUGGCAGUGGCUAAGAUUUCACAAGAUAUCGAACUGCUAUCGGAAGCGAUUGAAGCUGCUAUUGCGGUCGGUUUAGCAAAAUGGGAUUUUAAUUUGAAGAAUGCUGAACGGGAGCUUGAUAAGUUGGUUGCCGCUGCUAAGUCAGAAGAUUGUCCUUCCUUGACUCCUGUUGCAAUAGUAAAUUCGGUAGCUUCCAAGUCAAGCCCAACCGCAAAGAAAGAGAAGAAGCCGCUGGGACCAACACCGACUCAAGUGCUUUUGCUGAUUUGGGAGGCUGCUCACGUCAGUGACCUGGACAAGUUGCAAUCUUCUAUUACAUCUGAGUUGCAAGCUGCAUUUGAAGCAAAGAUGACCCGACUACAGCAAGUGGCUAGCAUUGAAGAUGCUUUAAGCAAGGCACUUGACACUGAUGAUUUGAAGGUCGUUGAACAAGAGCUUGGAAAGUCUAUCAGUAUUGGGUUCUGUUCGCCGCUGUUUGCUGCGCUGUUCGACCGCUACUCGAUACUUCGAAGUGUAGAUACUGGUGAAGAUGCCUCCGAUGGUUCUACCUGCAUGGAUGGGCUGCACGCAGUUAUUCAGUUUUUGACUCGUCGAUUAGAGGCAAAAGCUGAAACUCGCGAAGAUGCGGUGCAGCUCCUUUCGACGGAGAUCAAUGACUUUUCUCGUUCAUCAAGUGACGAAAACGAGAUGAAGCAUGAUAACAUUGAUCGGGAAGAGGUCCUUCUUACAGCAGGCAACUUGCGACGCACUUUAGAGGCUCGUAUAGCCGCUGCUGCCCGCUUAGAAUCAGCCUUAGUGCUUCCUACUGAUGCAUCUUCGAUUGGAGCACUAAAACUUGACAUUCAAGCUGCAAGAGAAGCUGGCGUUCACGAACGACUACUGAUGAAAGCUGAAGACGCAAUGGUGACGGCAAGAGGAAGGUCUGUAGUUUCGGCUGACCGAUUACGGUCGAAUGGGCCCGGCACUCUCUGUCGCAACGAUAGCGAAAACAGCAGUGCACAAGGUGAUACAACGGGAUGGGCAGGUAUAUCUGGCGAAGACGAUAUCUCCAAUAAUGUAAGCGACAAAAAAUCAAAGUCGAGUGUGGAAAAGGAUGCAUUGGCGUUCAACCAUUUUGAAAAGUUGCGUGGUUUUAAUGCUCAAUCGGAGGACGCUCUCGCCAAGAAAUUAUGCUGGGAAAGUCGCGCUAUUUCACAGAGCCUGUCGGUACUUGAUGAUAACCCGGACGAAGUGCCAUCUCUCACUAUGUCUGCAUCACUUGGACAAAUGGCACUCUCAAUCAACCGAUGCAUCUUAGGAUACAUGCGGGACCGCAUUGUGUUUUACCGGGAAAUGCUUGCGCAGUAUAUUCUUCAAAUUGCGCUAAUGAAACCUUCUCUUGUGGACGAAAUUUAUCUGCAGCUUAUGAAGCAGUUGACGAAGAAUCCGAAGCGAGACAGCAGCAUUCGUGGUUGGUCACUCUUUGCUAUGUGCUGUACCUCUUUUCCACCUUCAUUAGCGCUUCAACAGUAUGUGCUACUGUUUUUGAAGGCACAAGUUGCCGAGUCGAAUAGUUUUUGGCGGCUUGUGCGCAACUUUGCGGCUUACUCGCUCAAGAAACUAGAGAAUCUGCUUGAAAAUGGAGCAACAGGUUUCAUUCCCAGCAUCGACGAAAUCCGUGGCUACGAAGCGCGACCACCGUUCCUUGCGACAAUUCAGUUGUUAGACGGCACACCGCUGGCAGAUGCCUUCCCGGUCACGCCAGAGCUCACCGUGGCACAGCUCGUCGAGAUUUGCUCGCACUUCCUUGGUCUAGAAGAUCAUGUCGUCAAUUUUCUAGGCCUCACGGUGAUAUCUGAGCGCGUGGUUCCUGGCAAAAGCGGUUUCUCAGGCUCUGCUGCUACCGGCUCGUUUGCACCGGCUAAUACUGAUGGCAACGACCUGGCUGCUGAUAACGCCGGUGGCAACGCCGAACAAGUACCGCCUUUGCCAGCUCUUGCUGCCAAUACGUCAACGGCAUUGACUCCUCCGUCGUCGUCUCCAUCGAGCUACUUUCACAAAUUCAUCGCAGCUCCGUCAUUCUUGAACGCCGACGUAUACCUUGGCGAUAUCUUUGAGAAAGAGUUGAUCCGUGGACGCGAGGUGCGGUUUGUGUUCAAAAUUCGGCUAAACCCAGUGUAUAUGUUGCAGUACACGGAUGAAAUGUACGACCGUCUCGUAUACAUUCAGGUGCAGGAUGAGAUUGUAAAAGGGAACUUGCCAGUACUGGAAGAGGAAGCUCUGCUUCGGCUCACGUCACUAGCUAUCGCCGUGGACUGUGAAGAAAUCCCGCCUGUAUCGGUCGAAGAAGUGAUUGAGAUGGGUGUUUUGGACUACCUGCCGCAGGAGUGGCGACUCGCCCACGAUGAAGAGGAAUGGGCUGAGCUUAUACUUGAUACGAUCACAGACAAUCUCCUCGACGAUCAAGACUCUCUUUUCCCCGUUAGCGAGCUGCAGCGCAUUUACAUUGAAGAGGUGACGCGUCACCGAUUAUAUGGUGCCUGUUUCUUCCCGUCCAAGUUGGUGAACCGUGGAUCAAAGCGCGAUGGCUCUACCAACGGACAUAAUCAGUGUCUAGGCAUUGAGCUGCCCAAUUAUUUUGUUAUUGCAGCAAAUGGCUACGGCUUGCACAUCCUUGGUCGUGACGGCUCGAUGCUGGGUUUUUGCGAAUACGGGGACAUUGCGUACUGCAGUGGCGCGUACCCACAGUAUAAAAUCUGCUUGAAGAAGGCAACAGACGUCGCUGCCCCUAUGGAGGAUAUCAUCAUUACAACCAAGCAUUCGGAAGAGCUGGAUGCACUCAUUGCUGACUACAAAGAAAUUACAGCACUACUGAAUGAGGCGUAG